GGUAACCGUGUCCAUAUUUGUAGGAUAGGAAGUUUAUAACAAAUUUAUUUUCAGUCUCAGAAACUGAGUGUUAAGGGAAGAACUCCUCAAAUGGAGACACCUUUAGUGACCGAAAAGUUCACUUCAGAAUCUGACUACUUGCCGGUGAAAAGCUUGAAGGAUGUUAAGUUUGUUUUGUGGACAGAAACAGUGAAGAUAUGGAGAAUAGCAUUCCCUAUGGCACUGUCUGCACUGUUUCAGUUUCUCACAAUCUCCUCAACUUCCAUCUAUGCUGGCCAUAUUGGAGACAUUGAACUCUCUUCUAUCUCUGUUUACCAAGGUGUCAUCAGUGCCCUCUAUUUUUACUUGUUGUUUGGUAUGUCAUCUGCAUUGGUUACACUAUGUGGCCAAGCUUAUGGAGCAGGGCAAAUUCAAUCAACAUGUAUUUAUGUUCAAAGAUCAUGGAUUAUACUUACUGCCACUUGUAUAAUCCUCUUACCUAUUUAUGUAUACGCCACACCAAUCUUAAAUUUUAUUGGCCAAGACCAAGAAAUAGCUGAUCUUGCCGGAAGAUAUUCUAUACAAGUAAUUCCCUACAUGUUUUCCUGUGCAAUAGCUUUUCCCUUUCAGACAUUUCUUCAGUCCCAGAUCAAGGUUAAAGUUAUUACUUGCAUAGCACUUGCUGUUUUGGUCAUACAAAAUGUGCUGCUUUACAUCUUCAUAAAUGUAUUUGGUUGGGGUACAACUGGCUUAGCCAUGGUGACUAAUAUCAUAGGGUGGGUUUAUGCUGCGGCUUUGGUUGUGUAUACCAUUGGUUGGUGUAAGGAAGAAUGGACUGGAUUUUCAUGGAUGGCAUUUAGGGAUUUGUGGUCAUUUGCUAAGUUAAGCCUUGCAUCAUCUGUUAUGAGUUGCUUAGACCAAUGGUAUAGUACAUGCAUUAUUCUCCUUGCUGGUCUACUAGACAAUCCUGUGAUUGAUGUUGGUUCCUAUUCUAUUUGCUUUAAUGUUCAGGGUUGGCACUCGAUGCUGCUUCUUGGAAUAAGUGCUGCCAUAAGUAUUCGUGUCUCCUAUAUACUUGGCAAGUCGCAUCCAAGAGCAGCCAUAUACUCUUUCUGCGUGACAAUGUUUCAGUCUCUCCUCCUCGGCAUUGUUUUCAUGACUGUCAUUUUCUUGAGUAAAGAUGAGUUUGCCAAGAUCUUUACCAACAGUAAGGAUAUGAUUCGAGCUGUUGCUGAUUUAGCAUACCUUCUUGGCGUAUCAAUGGUUAUCAAUAGUGCUUCACAUGUGAUGUCAGGCGUGGCCGUGGGGAGUGGAUGGCAAGUUAUGGUUGGUUACAUAAACCUUGCAUGUUAUUACAUUGUUGGACUCCCCAUUGGAAUUUUCCUUGGUUUCAAUCAACAUUUAGGGGUCAAGGGUCUCUGGGGAGGCACCAUGUGUGGCAGGAUUCUUCAAAUGUUAGUCCUCUUAGUCAUUAUUUGGAAGACCAACUGGUCCAAGGAGGUGGAGCAAACAGCUCAUCGCAUGAGAAUAUGGAGCAUCAACAACCUCCACUCGGAUGCCAUGGGAAAUGUUACAUGAGAAAUAGCAACGUUUCAUUUUACUGAAAUUAAUAAAAUUAUGUAAAAAAUUCAUUUAAUAAGAAAUGAAUCUUACAUAAUUUUAUAUUUUCUUCUAAACUUCAAGAUAAUAACAUAGAGUAUGUUUAAAAGAAUAUGGUAAAAGAGUGUGCAGUUAAAUCCAUUUAUGGUUUACAUAUGUCCCUUUACUUUGGUUGAUUGAUCUAGUAGAACUGUAGAAGACGACUUGUACACAGUCACUAUGUAGAGUUAAUGGACCCACCAAAAAAAAAAAAUGUAGAGUUUAUGGAGUCA